AUGACGCAGCCACCACUUGUGGAGUUCCUCCACCACGGCAACACCCAGAUCCGCCAGAUCGCCGCCGAAAACCUGGUCGGAUACACCACCGCGCAGCCUUCGCUCUUCAAGCGCAACCAGCUUGAACCUAUAAAAGACCUGAAGCUCCUGGUGAAGGACUACACAGCCAUAAGCAAAAAUGCGCUUACCAUGCUCAUCAACCUCACGGAUGACGACGAGAACCGCGAAUGUCUGGCCAAGGACGACGCCUUCCUCGAGUCUCUGCUUCUGCGCAUAACAAGCUCCAAAGAGCCCAAUGCCAACGAGAUCGCCAUGCUGUUUGCCAACCUGGCCAAAUCCGACUCGCUCAAGCGCAUCCUGACGCUGGAGCGGGCGGUGCCCAAGGACCUGUCGACGUCCAAGGUGGCCAUGGACCAGCUGAUGGACUGCUUCGUCAAGGGCGCCGAGGGCCGCUACAACAAGCACGCCGAUUACGACUACCUGUCGUACCUCUUUGCCGACAUGGCCAAGCACGCCGAGGGCCGCGCCUACCUGACGACCCCGCAGGCCCGCGACGCCGACAUCAUCCCCAUCACCAAGCUCACCGUCUUCACCGAGCACCGCUCCACCAUCCGCCGCCGCGGCGCCGCCAACACCAUCAAGAACGUCUGCUUCGAGAUAGACGCCCACAUGCGCCUGCUCGACGCCGACGGCGUCAACAUCUUGCCCUACCUGCUUCUGCCCUUGAUGGGCGGCGAGGAAUACGCCGACGAGGACACCGAGGGCAUGCUGGACGAGGUGCAACUGCUGCCGCCCGACAAGCAGCGCGAGCCGGAGAACGACAUUCUGAAGACCCACCUCGAGACGCUGCUGCUGCUGUGCACCACCCGCGAGGCCCGCGACGAGCUGCGCCGCGUCAAGGUCUACCCUAUCGUCCGCGAAACCCACCUGCACGUCGAGGACGACGAGGUCCGUGAGGCUGUCGACCGCGUCGUGCAGAUCAUCAUGCGCAAGGAGGAGGGCGAGGAGGACGACAUGCCGCCACCCGGUGGCAACGGUGCGCCGCAGAUUACGGAGGCUGGUGAGGAGGAUGAGGACGAGCAGGUGGUGACGAUUUUGUAG